UUCCCGAUCGACUAUGUAUUCCAGAACGGCCUUGUACAAGAGGAAGUAUUCAGCAGCUAAAUCCAAGGUGGAAAAGAAGAAGAAGGUGAAGGUUCUUGCUGCUGUCACAAAACCAGUUGGUGGUGACAAGAAUGGUGGUACCCGAGUGGUUAAACUUCGCAAAAUGCCUAGGUAUCAUCCUACUGAAGACGUGCCUCAAAAGCCGUUGAGUCACCGCAAAAAACCCUUCAGUAAGCGUGUGAGAAAACCACGUGCUAGCAUCCCUCCUGGGACCAUUCUGAUUAUCCUCACUGGGCGCCACAGAGGCAAGAGGGUCUUUUUCCUGAAGCAGCUGAGCAGUGGCUUGCUAGUUGUGCCUGGGUCUCUGUCCCUCCGUCGAGCUCCUCUGCGGAGAACACACCAAAAAUUUGUCAUUGCCACUUCCACCAAAAUUGAUAUCAGCGGUGUGAAAAUCCCAGAACAUCUCCCUGACGCUUACUUCAAGAAGAAGCUGCGUAAGCCCAGGCACCAGGAAGGUGAGAUCUUCGACACACAGAGAGAGAAAUGUGAGAUUACAGAGCAGCGCAAGGUUGAUCAGAAAGCUGUGGACUCACAAAUUCUGUGAAGAAUCAAAGCUGUUCCUCAGCUCCAGGG